AUGGCCCAAGAGAAAUUCCCUGGUCUUCCUAAUUUCAAGCCCUCAGCAGUGUGGAAAUCAUUCAUUCCUAGCAAAAUCUGCUUCUUUCUUUGGUCUUUGUGGAAUAAGAAAAUCCUCACCGUGGAUGUUCUUAAAAAAAGAGGGAUGGUCCUCCCGAAUCGCUGCGUUAUGCGUUGCCAGGAGGAGGAAGACGCCACUCAUCUGUUUGUCAAGUGCAGGUACAUUCAAAAGGUGUGGAAUACUAUCAGAAGAGGCGCACCAAGGAUUGGAAGCCUCGAAGGUGACCUCAUUGCAAUCAUCAACAACAGACCCACCGAGACUCCCAUCGAUUUUAAUGGUUGGCUUGCGUCUGGUAUCCUUCACGCCACCUACUGGCUUAUUUGGAAUCAACGAAACCAGCGUAUUUUCAGAGAUCAUAAGGCUGAAGCCUCCAUUAUUGCUCGACAUGCCAUUAAAAGUGUCAUCUCUUGGGUCUCUGCUCAUGACAAAAUUGAUAAAUGCUCGGCUGCUAUUUGUUUGAAUAACUGUCUUUCUCGCCUGUAA